CACGACUAAUCUGUUAUCCAAUAAAAACAAGAAAAUUAAAUUAUGGCCGGGUAUUAUCGUAAUUUAAAGUAUGAAGAUACUUUACAGUGCACCCUUUACUUCUCUGAAGAUGUUCAGAAUCAGGGGCAAUUUGAGGAUUUACAAAAAUCUAUGAAUGUUUUUAUUAAGAAUUUAUCUCAUGAAUAUAUUUGGCACAGAGAUGAUUUUAAGCUUUGCUUGCAUAUUUUAAAAGAACAUUCCGAAGAUUUACCAUGCUUAACUGGUACAACAUGUUUCGGAGACAAUGUGGAAGAUGAAUGGUUCAUAGUGUACCUUAUCUUGGAAAUAACUAAGAAAUAUUCAAAUGUGGUUGCACAAGUUGAAGACAAUGAUGGUGAUUUCCUGUUGAUAGAAGCUGCUAAUUAUUUACCUUCAUGGGCUAAUCCUGAAUCCACAGAAAACAGAGUAUUCCUGUACAAAGGUAAAAUACACAUAAUAAAUCCAACUGUUGUUCCAUGUCAUUCGAAAAUAUCAAUACAGGAAGCUAUUUCAACUAUAAUUAAUAAUUACCAAAAGACAAUAGCACCCACUGACAUACAGCAAGCAAUAUUACAAAGGAUUGGUAAUUAUCCAGAAAAAAUCGAAACACUUUGUCAUAGAACAAAUGUAUCGGUACCAGUAGAAUUAGCAGCACUUUUGUAUUCAAAGCCAUCACUCAUCUCACCUAUUGUCACAUCUUACUGUAAUAUGGAUUUGAUUGAUAUGAAACAUUGUAAAAAUUACUUCAACGACAAUGUUACUGUGAAAAUUAAAUUUACAAAGUAUUUAUAUGCCAUGCUUUUGAGUUCCAAAUCCAUCAAUCUAGCUGGAGCUAAGAACAUAGAUGACAAGAAAACUCAGCUUGGCAUGAAAUUAGCAUGGGGCUACCAAAUUAUUAAAAAAUCACCAGUAAAGGACGAGUUUAACUCUUUAGAAUAUAAAAAGUUUAUAAACAGUUUGAAUAAGAAUGGAUAUUUUAAAAACAAUUUAGAGGGUUCUAAAGAUUAUAAGGAGUUACUAGCAAAAGCAAAUGAGUACUUUUUAAGCACAGAGUCUUCUGUAACAUCCCAUGUGAAUAAUAUAAUCUGCAAUGUGCAGUCAACUGUAGAAUACAAUGAUUUACUUGAAACUCUAAAAGUAACAAGUUCAGCAGAAGAAGAUGACGAUGAUGACUGGUUAAAUGUAAAUCCAGAACAUUUCAAUGACUUUCUAAGCUCAAAAUACAGUAAGGAUAAUACAAAAUGUAAUGAAACAUUAAAAAACAAACUCUCAAAUUUUCUCCACGAAAAGUCCGACUUUGAGGGCAUUGAUAAAAGAGAUGAAGACAUAUUUGAGGACAACAACAUAGAAUUUGAUUCUGAAGAAUUUGUUAAGUCAUUAGACAAGAUGCUUAGGUUUGUUUCUAAUGAGUGUAAAUUAAAUGAUAGUGACUCUGAUAAUGAGUUUGAAGUAUUGUUGGAUGAUAUGAACAAUGUGGAUGAUGAGCUAGCCUCAAAAUUAAAUGAUGUAGGAGAUUUUAGUAGGAGAUGUGAUCCGAAGGAGAUAGCAAAGAAUUUAAUACAAAGUCUUAAAGAAGAGGAUCUGUCAGGGCCAUCUAGUAAUAUAUUAAAGUCAAUAGGAAUAAACAAGAAUGAUAUGUUAGAUUCUGAUGAUGAUGAUCAAUAAAAACAACUAAAGUU